ACCCAUAUUUCAAAACUCUCGAAUGUUUCAUCAGUUUGGUGUCGCUUUUUGAGACGAAUCUACAAUGCAGAAUCCCAUAUUUAUUUUUUCUGUACUGAUAUUCGGUUUCAUCUUUGGGAUUUCGGCUCGCGGAAAUCGUGUGCUAGUCCCAACUUUUCAAGUAUCACUGAAUCAAUUUCGAAAAAUUUACAACCAAAAGGGAUUGCUUCCAACAUUUAUUAACAUCCAGGAAAAAUAUGCAACAAUUUUUAAAGAAAUUUCUGAAGAUUUGCUCCUGAGAGUUCCCUAUAAACAAAACGACACUGACUAUUUAAAUCAACAAGUUGAAAAUUUAUGUAACAAGAAUGAGAAUCUUAGAGAUUUAUUGUACAGUGCGGCUGAUAGUAUGCUUCGAUGUUUCGACAAUUCCGAUCCAGUAGUAAAAAAUAGUAUGACAGAAGUGAUGCUGGGUCAUAUCUGCACUGAGCAAAAACUUCGAUACGAAUACAAUAGGCAUUAUUAUCACGACGAGGAUAGAGAAUGCAUUUGGAAUGCUGCACAAAAUAUUUCAAAAUGUUACGCAGAAGAGUGUACUCGGCGUUUGUGGCGUAUUGCAGAAAAUUGUGAUUGUGAUGGGGAAAUAUGUAACGAAUGUAGUGAAAUAUGCUACGACCCUUUUCACAACAAUAUUCUGCUUUAUGUUCCAAUCAAUUUUAGUCAAAAAGAGUGCAAUGACUUAUACAGGAGAAUAAGAUGUCAACUUGACCCAAUAAGGCACUGCAGAAAUUCACAUCUUAAGAAGUCCUAUGAAUCGAUCUACAGUUUGGAAAGAGUCCAUCAUUGUCUCUCCAAGGUUCCAGACUGGCGUUAAAGAGUUCACUAAUUCUAUCAAAAUAUAUUCGUUUUUUAUUUUGA